CGAAUUUUCACUUAAGCUUGCAUAUCUAUUUAGAACGUCGAUGAAAAGUGAAUGCAGAAUCUCUAUAAUCUGAACAAUUCUUUUUAUAUAAUCGUCCCAGGAAGUUGCUAAUAAGUAUCUUACAGCUGGGCAUCAAAAAAGGCUUGUUGUGGCCGAUACAGCCUCAAAAUCCGAGUUCUUUAGAUUCGCAACACCAUGAAUAUUCCAUACCAGUGUCUAAGCCAACUUGGACAGGGUUCCAUCCUCUGCGCUGCUAAAGGGACCAGCAUUCACACAUUUGACCUUAACUCUGGGCCUUCGAUCUUGUCCUCGUGGACUCAUCCCCUUGCAAAGAAGGCAGGAAAUGGCAAACCUCAUAAAGAUGAAAAGGGAACUACUCAAAAAGGACAAGAUCCUGAUGAGAAGGAGAGUGGUCAGCGUCCAUCAAAGAAGCGCAAGCUCAGUUCGGAUGAAAAGCCCGACAUUAAGGGAGAAGACGACCAGGCUGACGCUGGAAUAGUAGAACCAGCGGCAAGCAGCGAUGGAAAGAAGCAAAAGAAGCAAAAGCAAAAAUCCGAGUCCCGGGCUCAGCAGCCGGAAUUGCCGUUCGUUACUUUGUUAACAACAACUGAAGAUGGAAGCCACGUAGUUGCCGUAACUGGCCAGGACAAGGCGAUAUGGAUAUUCGAGCAUGACGGAAAGGGUGGUUUGAAGGAAUUAAGUCAGAGAGUCAUGCCGAAGCGCCCCAGCUCCAUCGCCAUCACAACCACCGUAGACGGGCCUACCAUCCUCUCCGCGGAUAAAUUCGGGGACGUCUACUCGCUCCCCCUAAUUCCCACUCCCACUACCACCACAGAAGCAUCCACCACGCCAACCCCCGCCUCAACACCUACCCCUACCCCCAAUCCCUCAGCCCCCUUCAAACCCUCCGCGAACCGCCUAACCGUGCACUCGAAGCGCAACCUACGCGCUCUCGAAGACCAAGAGCGGGUGCUAGCCCAGGGCCAGGAAGUCCGGAAGGAGAAAGAGACGCCGGCCUUCGCGCACUCGCUGAUCCUAGGCCACGUAUCCAUGCUAACCUCUCUCGCCCUCGCCUCCGCGGACGGGCGACCGUACAUCCUAACCGCGGACCGGGACGAGCACGUCCGCGUCUCGCGCGGCGCGCCGCAGGCCCACGUCGUCGAGACGUACUGCCUGGGCCACGAGUCCUUCGUCGCCGCGCUCUGCGUGCCCGCGUCGCGGCCCGAGGUCCUGCUCUCCGCCGGCGGCGACAACGAGCUGUUCGUCUGGGAGUGGAAGGCCGGGCGGCUGCUGCGCAGGGUCGAUGUUUUGGGCCGGGUAAAGGAGGUCUCGCCCGAUGCGAGUAAGGUCGCCGUGGCGCGGUUGUAUUCGUAUGAGGUGCGCGGACGCUGCUACGUGCUGGUAAUCUGUGAACUGGUGCCGGCGAUCUUCGUCUUCGAGCUUCUACAGGAUAAUACCCUCGAACACGUGCAAACCCUGAAUGUGCCCGGCAGCCCGCUGGAUGUCGUUGUGAUCCUGAGUUCUGGGGGAACUCCGAGAUUAGUCGCCGCAAUCGAUCCUCGCCAACCUACUAACAGCAAUGGCGGAGUACAGGGAGAAAGUGUUGCUACAGAAACGGCACAAUCACUCUUACUAUACGAACAAAACGAAGCAGGUAACUGGGCUCCUUCCGGGGGUAUCCAGGACACCGCCGAAGGCAGCCUAGAUAUCUCUAGGGACCAGCUAGAAAGUAUUCUUUACUCAGUCGAGAAGCUGCGCAAGACCGAGUUCGAGGACGAGGCAGAGGCGGAAGGAGGUGAUUCUGCUAGAGGUUCGGCUGCCCCUUAGUCUAGGUAGCUAAUUACGUUACUCUCGCGGGCAUUCGACAGAGAUGUAGCCUGUUCUAGUUUUAUCUCUGCAAGGCGAACCAAAUUCAAACAGAAA